ACCAGAAAGGCUUGCCUUCAAAAGCUUUUGAGCAAGCAAUACCAUGAUCUCACGAUGAACUCCUCAAAUGUCAUCACAGAAGAUGAUCGCUAUCGCUCCUCCACCCAAUUUCGUCUUUGGUCCUUCACUCCUGCUUCCCUUCUAGCACUACGCAGCACUACAAAUCAAUUGGCAGCAGAUCGCGUCCGAGAAGCUGUACGAAGAGCUCGAGCUCGAGAAGCGCAAUCUUCUGCAGACGCUAGCGAUGCCGAUCCUGAGAGCAAGAGCAGAGCUACGAGCACUUUGCCAGAGGGAGAAUUGGAUUGUUUGACCGUUGAAGAAGAGCUCAAACUUAUAGUAUUCUACUGCCGACAAACAUUGCAACUGGGAAAACAUUUGAAUUUGCCUACAGAUGUCAACGUAAGUAGCUCCCUUGAUGUUUUCAAGUCUAUGGCGCAGUAGUUAAUGCGAUUGUUUGUUCAUAGGCAACAGCAGUCCAAUACAUGAAGAGAUUCUACACGACAAACUCCCUUAUGACUUAUGACCCCGCCACCAUCCUUCGAACAGCUCUUUUCUUUGCAACCAAAACCGAAAACCACUACUAUCGCCUCUCAAAAUUUGCAGAAGCAAUUGAUAAAACAAAACCCGAAGAUGUAUUGGCGAGCGAAUAUCUUCUGACCCAAGGCCUGCGAUUUACAUUCGACGUACGACAUCCCUACCGAGCUUUGGAAGGAGCAGUGAUGGAAUUGUGCGCGAUAGCAGAAGGAGCAAUACCAAAUAAUGGGGUUGCCGGAGAAAUGCCACGCAAUAUGGAUUAUAGAUGCAAGGUGGCACACGGCACGGCCAAAGAAUUCCUGAAAACAAGUGCCUUGCUCACAGAUGUUUACUUUCAUUUCAGCCCAAGCCAGAUCAUGUUAGCAUCACUCCUAAUCGCAGAUGAGGAGCUCAUUCGUUGGUAUAUUGCUUUCAAACUUGGAGGAUUACAAAAUGCAAUGGCUCAAAAGGUUCUGGGCACGCUUGCUGAUUGCGCUCAAAUGCUUCGAACUGUCGAACCUCAAAUGCAAAGCCCGGCCGAAGAAAGCAAGGAAGCCCGUACUUUGGCGAAGAAACUCAGGAAGUGUCGAAACCCAGAAAAGAUAGAUCUGGUAGCCUUGCAACAAACCAAAAGAGGAGGAGACAACGCCAAUGAUGAGAAGAUUCUCAAAAAGAGAAAGUUGGAGAGAGAAAAGGUUGCUCAAGAAGCUGGCGAUUUGUUUGGGCCUGGUUUGAAAAAGCCUUAAUCUACAACUGUGGGCGCUCUGGGUUAACGGAAACGGGAAAAGGGUUGACGAAUUUAGCAAGGCGUCUGGGA